GCCCGCCGUCGCCCUCCACCCGAUAUCUUUCUUCCCUCAAGCCACUCAUCGCUCUGCCAAUCCACCGUGAACCAUGUCCUACUACGCAUCGCCCUCCCACCAUCGCUCUCAUUCCCACCUCGGCUACUCCCAGUCCCAGUACUACCCGGCCCAGGGCUCGCAGUACUCGCAGCAGCCGGUCUACUACACAUCCAGCGACAGCGGCCACCGUCGGUACAACUCGAUGGGCGCGGGCGGCAACUACGCCUACUCGGUCCCCGCGAGCCCGUACCAACGCGGGCGCACGUACAGCGCGAGCCACCCCGGGCACGGCAGCCCCGCCGUCCAAUACGUCUCCUCCCACCGCUCCCAUUCGCAUCGCAGACACAACAGCACCUCCUCGCCCGUCGUCGUCGAUUUGAGAAGGCACCCGAGUCGGCAUGGCACCGUGCACGUUCAGCCCGGUCGCUCUGCUUCCCACCAUCGCUCAUCUUCCCACUCUCGUAACUACACCGACCGGCACAGGCGCUACUCGGAGGGGCACCUCUCCUUCACCGACCGUCUGCGUCGCAUGUUCGGCAUUGGGCCGUGGGCUCACCAUAAUGGGAGCCACCACCACGGACGCGAGCGAUACAUUGACGCCAAAACCGGGAGAGAGACAGAUCGCUGGGGCAGGCCGAUCUACAGGGUCUGAUCGGUGACCCUGAGGUUUUGGAAGCAGAUCUUAUUAUAGGACUGCACGACGAACAAGCACACUGUUGGCCUUCUUGGUCGACGUGCUGCGAACAGCAGGAACGGGGUUCCUCGAAAGCAUACCCCCAGGGCCCAGUCCCUUCGUAAUCUACUCGGCAUCGCGACCGAUAACUUCUUGCCCUUCAUCCAAUCCGGACGCACAUUAUUUAUCCUGCAUCCACGCAGUCGCAGUACGUUGUACGAACCCUUAUGAAGUAUAAUGCCAUCUCGCCCUAGUAACCCCUUGUCAUUAUUAGUGCUUGUAUACCGCAUAUGUUGUUUGUUAUUAAAGUCUCGUUGCUAUCUCAGGACUUGGGUUACUGCCAUUGUACUACUUGUACAGCAAUCGAUCUUCGCUUGGCUAGGCUCUUGGUCGGUGCUGUGUGAUCUCACCGUG